GACAGAAUGAAGAGCAGCCAACCAAUUUCCCCAACGGUGAGUGAGAAACAGAAAUGGCUUCUUCUCUCUCUAAUUGCUUCGUUGCUGCUCCUUCUCACUCAUCCCUCACACCUUCAUUACGCCCUCUUCAACAUCUCAUCCAUUAUAAACCCUCUGAAACUAAUUUAUCUCUAAUUCCUCUUCUUCUUAAAUUAAGAAACCCCAAAUUCACCUCUGUACGGACCAGAGCUACUCUUGACGAGGAUGCCCAAAUCUCCACUACUCCAUCACUUCUUAUUGAAGAAAAAAAACAACUCAGCAAGGAAGUUGAAGAAAGUGUAAGAGUGCUAAAAAAUGCAGCAAAGACAAGAAAAGUUCCGGCGGAUGAGAUUUUACAAGCCUUUUCUGUGAUCGAAAAGGCAAAGCUCGAUCCCUCUCGAUUUCUCGAAACUCUUGGUGGAACAAAGUCACCUGGUAAUACAUGGAUGCUUAUUUUUACUGCACAGAAAAAGUUAGACGGCGGUAAAUAUUUCCCAAUCACGGCCAUUCAGAGGUUUGAUGCAGCUGGGAAGACGAUUGAGAAUGGUGUUUAUCUUGGGCCCCUCGGGUGUUUGACCUUUGAAGGAAGGUCGUGGAACAAAAGAAUACUUGCGUUCAUAUUUGAGCAAAUUCGGAUAAAAGUGGGCCCACUUAACCCGUUUGAGUUUAGUUUGAAAGGAAAAGACGAAAGAGAGCCGAGCAAUAAGGAUCCGUUUUUCAUAUGGUUUUAUAUUGAUGAAGAAAUCGCGGUUGCCCGCGGCAGAAGUGGAGGGACUGCAUUUUGGGUCCGUUGCCAACGCAUUGGAAACUAAUUGCGUUUUUUUUAAAUACUUUUGUUUGUGUAUACUUCAAUAUUUUUCCUGUAUGUAUAGAUAGAUAUAACCUGCUAAGGUAUACAUAUCAUAUACAUAUCAUAUACAUAUAUAUAUAUUGAAUUUUGUACUGGGGAAAGAUGUUAAGUUCAUAACUAUGAUUGAAAUUUGAAGUAGAAGGGCCAAGCUAUACAAAAGGCCUAUUCAAAACUUCACUUCAAAACCCCAAAA